AUUUAUAAAACAAAAUUAUUUUCAUGUUAGACUUGAAUUUUUGCUAAAUUCGCAGCAUUUUUUGACCCGGUCGAGUGGGUGGGUGCACCUGACGGCGGCUUUUGAUGGCCGGCAAGGGCGAGAUCAUACAAAUACACAUUGGACAGGCUGGCGUCCAGAUAGCCAAUGCCUGUUGGGAGCUGUAUUGCCUGGAGCAUGGCAUUUUGGCCAACGGGCGUCUCAUACAAAAGCCCUGCGACGAUUCCUUUCUCACAUUCUUUGAAUUCACAAGCCAGCAGCCAUGUGUGCAGCCGCGUUUAGUAAUGGUUGAUACGGAACCAACUGUUAUAGAUGAAAUCCGUACUGGGGCAUAUCGCAAUCUAUUUCAUCCGGAUACCUUAAUAACCGGCAAGGAUGACAGUGGCAGUAACUUUGCUCGUGGAUACAAUCUGAUGGCCAGCGAGCUUCUGGACAGAGCAAUGAAUGCCAUUAGACGGGUGGCUGAUCGUUGUCGCAGUCUAAGAGGAUUUCUAGUGUUCCGGGCCAUUGGCGGUGGAACUGGCUCAGGCUUGGGCACACGCAUAAUGGAGAAGCUUGUGGAGGAUUUUGGGAAAAAGAUGACCAUCAUUGAGUUUUUGGUUUAUCCCUCGCCAUCUAUCUCGCCGGUGAUUGUGGAGCCCUACAAUGCUCUAUUGGCCACGCAUUUCUCCAUGGACUGUGCCGACGUGUCGUUCAUUGUGGACAAUGAGGCACUCUAUGACAUCUGUGCGAAUACUUUAAAUGUGCCAGCACCCACAUACACGAACUUAAACCGCAUCAUCGGCCAGGUGGUCUCUGGAUUCACGGCCUCACAGCGUUUUGCAGGACAGAGUAGUGUAAGCUUCCAGGAGUUGCAGACGAAUCUGGUGCCAUAUCCACGCAUUCAUUACCCGUUGAUCAACUAUGCCCCUCUGGUGCCAAUCACACAUUCUCAGUUCGUGGAUAUGUCGACGGCCCAGUUGACAGGUCAGUGCUUCCAGAUGAGCAAUCAGAUGGUACGUUGCAAUCCGGCUCAUGGCAAGUACAUGUCCUGCGUGCUGCUUUAUCGCGGCGAUAUUGCUCCCAAUGAGAUCAAUACGGCUCUGGAGAACAUCAAGCGGACAAAGUCAUUUCGAUUUGUUAACUGGUCGCCCACAGGCUUCAAGAUCGGUGUGAGCAGCAUGCCGCCGGUUUAUGUGCCCGGCGGUGAUCUCGCUCCUACAAAUCGCGCCUGCGUAGCCAUAUCGAACAACACCAACAUACGUAUCGCCUGGUGUCGCCUGGUGAAUAAGUUCGACAAGCUCUAUCAGCGGCGCGCCUUCGUUUACCACUAUGUGGGUGAGGGACUGGAGGAGGGCAACUUUAGUGAGGCAUCGGAGAACAUUUGCCAACUGGUCCAUGAUUAUCUCGAGGUGGACGCCUCAGGGACAAACUCACAGCGUGCAUCCGAACAGGAUGACGACGAUGAUGACGGAUAGCAGCGCUCCAUGAGUCGUUAGUUCACCUUGCUUGCUUGUGACUUGUCGCUAUUCCAUUUUCUGUGUCGCGUUUUUCAUCUUCUUCUUUUUUUUCUUGAGAAUUCGGUCGCUUGGAGAAUAAAUCGUCAGGUAAUUGCUAAGCAA